CACUAUAAAUAACAACUCGCAUGCAUUAAUCAUCUAUAUUCUAUACUUGUAUUCAUUCCUGCGUUUCUUAUCUGUCAAGUUCUAAAAUCCAAAAACUCUCCUCGACAUGUCAAACCAACCUGCCCCGCCUCGCCCAUGGUUCCGUUUGCCAUCAAUAGCGCGGCCAGCUGCCCCUGCUCCAACCCCAACUCCAGAGCCGCCUCCUCCACAACCCCGUCCAGCUCUUGCUCGACCUUCAUUUAGGCUAACUGCUCUGCCUCAGCCUGUGCCAACACAGCCUCAAGAGCCCACUCCCGCACCAACUCCUUCUGCUGCGACAGUGCCACCUGCCGCUGGUAUUGCUUCAGUUCCAACAUCUCCAGCUGUAAAAGCUGCAGGUGGUGUUGCAUCAUUACCAACAUCCCCAGCUCCAAGGGCACCUGCUCUUUCAUCUUCAGUGCCCACUUCUCCUGUCCCAAGUUCCACAGUGUUUCCACCCACUACUUUUUCACUUCCACCUUCUCCAACCCUCAAACUAUCACGUACUUCGUCUUCAGUUCCUGCCUCUCCAGCUUCUACACCAGCUCCAUCCGCUUCCGUCUCAUCUUCUCCUACCACUAGACCAGUGUCAACCACAUCCUCAGCGCCAAGCUCUCCUGCCCCUAAGCCAGCGACGGUCACAUCCUCGGUGCCAAAUUCUCCAGCCACUAAAGCUGUAACCACCAGUGCAACUCGUGUGCCUGGCCCUACACCAUCUCUAAGAAUCGUCAAGCCUACAGUUCAAACCCCACCCCAGUCACCUAAGCCUAAGCCCACUUCUCCACCACCUUCUCCUCUAACACUUCCACCUUCCCGAGUAAAAUCUGACGCUGAUCUUGAACCCAAGAUUCCAUUAGUAGCAGAGCAAAAAACUGUGUUGGUUCAGAAGAUUAUUGACAAGCCUAAGGAUGCAGGUGAUUCGCUGAGGGCCUUUGCAGGCAGUCUCAGCUCUGGCAUUGCGCGUCUUGCAAAGCCAGAAACUGCCAAAGAUCAAACAAAGGAGAAAGGUAGCGGCAAGAAGAUUUCUUCAGAUUCUGAGGAUGUUGGCAUGAGGGUAAUUACAAUUGCUGGUGAAAACAAAGGUGCUUUAAUGGAAGUAAUCCGUUCUCCCAAGAAACAUUUUUUUGAAGGCAAUUCUCAUACUCUUCACUGGAAGGGUAAUCCUAGAAGUGAAGGCAGUGAUCGGGGAAGCCAGAGCAGCAGUGGUGCAGAAGACAACAGCAAGAAGAACAAGAACCACAAAGGAAGAUCAAUGGGGCCAUCUCCUAUGAGUGCAUUUGUGAACAGUAAUGUGCAAGGUGUUAACAACUCAAUCGUUUACAAUUCUUCAUGCAGUCAUCAUGAUCCUGGGGUGCAUGUUGCUCUCUUCAGAAAACCUUCUGUUUCUGCUGGAUUCCAUGUCAAGGACCGUGGCAAUGGCUACCAAAGUCGAAAGGGAUAAAGAAAGAAACAAAAAAGUUGUGAUUUUAUGCCUUCAUACGAUAUUAUACUGUGAAAAUAAAUACAAGUAACCGAGUGAUGAGAAGAAAAGGGCAUGGAUUCUACUCUUCAUUGUUGCGUACCACUUUUUGUGGAUUACAGAAGAAGUUAGUCCAUUGCCCUGCCUUUGGUAGAGGCCAACCUGAAAUAUAUAAAUAUAUGUAUAUAUAUGUAAGUGGGUAUCUAUUAAAUCAGCAAGUUUGCUUUGUAUUAAUUUGCACUUAUAUCUACUCGUCAGUUCCUACUG